AUGGAGAGCCGAUGGCAGAGCUGGGCCUCAGAGCACACCGUUAACCAGAAACUGAACCCCUUCGGCGAAUUCUUCGACCACGGUUACUCCACGUAAAAGGGCAAAGAGGGUUACGGACUUCCCAAGGAGGGUACCAAAAACGCGGAGCAGGAUGGAGGGACCCGCGUCACGUCUGGGGCUGUUCGGCAGCUGUUCGGCAGAUACGUUCGGAUCUUCGACAAGGUGGUGGGGAUUCUGAUGAGAACCAGGAAACACACGAAGGUGACGUUCGAAGGGGAGAUGCUGUGGCAAAGCCAGGAUGAUGGAGUGAUCAUUACUCUGCUGGUGUGA